AUGACCGGAAUCUCACCUAUCCGGGCAGAAACACUCCGGCCAUACAUACGGACGAGACAAGAGGCCAAUGCCAUCAGAAAGAACUUGCAGGCGACUCUCCCAGUCUCACCGCUCGGCCUUGCUCUACCUCGAAAUCCGGACGACAUCGACACAUCCUCACUCAGUGGCGUUCGAAAAGCAUAUGGGAAGGCACUUGAGGCGCAUAAACAAGCGCAAGCACGAUACGAUGCAUUGAAGACGGAGCUGGAAGAGAUAGUGCACAGAGACCCCAAUGAAGCGACGAACCCAGAUGAGGGCAAUGUGUCCUUGACAGAGAGCUACCUUCCACUGAUGCGCCAAAAAGAAAAGCGGCGAAGACUCAAGGUCAUCGAGAAGUCACUAGCGAGGAUUGAAUCUCAAGGCGAUGAUACGACCAACCAAAGUCUCGACAAAGUGGCCAGGCGACAGGUCGGCGAGCCUCCAGCGCCGCCUUCCACAUCAGGAUUUGCAGACCGGGAAGCGGAUUUCAGCGCCGAGUAUGAUCUAACACAACUCAAGAAGGCCAUUUUGAACGUCAAGAACCAGCUCGAGGAGCACAAGGCAUCUACUGAGCAGCUCAAUGGCGUCAACGGGGAAGCCCAUGAUCCGCAAGCUGAACUCCGAGGUCUCCAGAAGGCGCACAACGAGCUUACGGCGUGGAUGGAGCAGCAACUUGCCUUAAUUAGCGAUGUUGGGGCCGCAAAGGACAGAUCCGAUGCAUCGAGCACAAAAAGCGGACAGAACGGCGACAGUGCGCACGACAUGAUGGAGAUCGAGAGUCUUUACGAGCUGUACCUCGGAGCAAGGCAACGUCUGCUUGACGUAGUGGCACACCCACCCUCAUCUGUGUCACCGCCAUCGUCGCCACCGGACUUCGCGCGGCGAGGAUCAGAUAGCGGUUUGCCCGAGACUCGAUCCACGACAUCAGAAACCCUCUUGCCGUUCAUUGCCACCUUGACCGCGGCGAAGCAGCAGGAGCAGCAGCUUCUACAGCAGACCGCUUACACGCGGCGGCAGUUCGCAUCGGCGGAAGCGCAGGACCAGGCGCUCCUUUCGCGUCUAGCAGAUGAGAGCCAUUUGAUGCAGCAUGAUCUGAGGCGUGGAGCACCUCGUGGUAGAGAUUGGGCCGAAGCUGCAGCAAGCGCUGGCGCUGCAACAACGGAAGAGGUCAACAAGCGCCUGCGAUCAGGUCAUGUGGCGGUGGACGGCGCAGCGAAGAGUCUACGGGCGAUCAAGGACAUGCCAAACUCUUUCGAUGAUCUUGUGGGUUAG